CAGUGCCUCAACUCCAGCAAGCCGCCUCUACUACUACAGCACUCGCCGUCGACGCUGUUUCUAAUUAGCGGCGAUGGUUGAGAGAAAGAGAAAAUCCAGAGAGGAGAUGAGGCAGGGUAGGGAGAAAGGCAACAAUAAGUCGAGAAAAAUGUCGAGCAACAAGAAGGGCGGCAAGGAGAAAGGUAAGAGGACUGGUCCUCGGUUGCCCAACGCGCUCUUGAAACAGUUGGAUCGAAUAAACCCUAGUAGCCGGUUUGAUGACGACGGCGACGUCAGCUCCGAUGGAGGGAAAGACCUGUAUGAGUAUGAGGAGGAGGUGGCUGAAGAGGAAGCGGGGAAGAACCGCCGUUUCGAUGCCAUUAAAAACUAUGACUACGAGUUGCCGGAGGAUUUCGUGGAUGAGAAUGUACAAUCAGACGAUGAUGAUGAUCACAGUGCCAGCAGCGAGGAUGAAGACCAUAAUGCUGGAAAGCAAAGAUCAGGAACUGACGAUGAUGAGAAGCAUUUGAGGAUGCUGCAAGACAUCACUCAGAUGCCAAGUGAAGUUUUUGAAGGCAGGCGGAAAAAGAGUGAAAUUGUUGUAUCAGAGCCCUAUCCAGAAUCGGAGUACAAUCCCAGCAGUGAUGUUCUAGACGGUGUUGGGCGUGUUACUAUUGGUGAUCUUCUGGGAAGUCUUCAGCAAAAUCCUGCUUACAGCAAACUCAGGAAAGAAAUGCGUCAUGUGGAGGCAAAGAGUAUGCCCCUUGCAGCUCCACUUUCCAAGGAAGCUAUAGACAAGGUGGAGAGGCAAAAAGCAUAUGAAAUAUCUAAGAAAGAUAUCACUAAAUGGGAACCUUUGAUUAAGAGGAACAGGGAAGCCCCUUCUGUUAUUUUCGACAAAGAUAUUGAUGUGGGGUUUUCAACGGUUGGAGCCAUAGCUUCAGAAUUUGAACCUAGAACUGAUUUUGAGAAGAAAAUGGCUUCAUUAGUUUAUGAUGAGAAGGUUAUGGAAGCUCACAAAGAAGAUGGUGCCAAGCUUCUCGAACUGAAUAAGAUAUCUUCAGAGGAUUAUAAAAACAGCCGGGAUCACAUUGCUAAAAUGCGAACUCUUCUCUUCCGACAUGAAGUGAAGAUGAAACGCUUAAAAAAGAUAAAGUCAAAGACACAUCGCCGGAUGUUGAAGAAAGACAGAAUGAAGGUAGCAUCUGGUGAAAUGCAGAUGGAUUCUGAAGCGGCUAAAGAAUUGGCAAUAAAGCAAGAAUUCAAGCGAGCUGAGGAACGCUUGACCUUAAGGCACAAAAACAAGUCAAAAUGGGCAAAACGUGUAUUGGAGCGUGGUCUGAAUGCUCAAGAUGAGGGUACCCGGGCAGCCAUUACAGAACAACUCAGUCAGCAUGCUCGUUUGACUAGAAAAAUGAAUUCUAUGAAUGACAGUAGCGACAGUGAUAACAGCAGUGACGAGGAAUAUGAUGAAGAUUCCGAUGUUUCAGAACGAGAUAGAGCUUCUAAGGUGUUGAUGAAAGCAAAAGAAAAGACACAAAGUAUAUUAGAGGAAGAAGAUGAAGUGCCUACAUCAGGAGUUCUUUCUCUGCCUUUUAUGGCACGGGGACUGAAAAAACGUAAGGAUGAGGCUAAUGAAGAAGCUAAGCUUGCGCUUCAAGAGUAUGAAUCCACACUGGGUCAGAAACAGGACUCAGCUGAUACAAUAACAGCUGCAGGAAAUGGUAGAAGGGUAUUUGGAGGACCAACAAAGAAGGUUGCUUUACCAACCAAGAAGAGGAAUUUGAAUGAGAACUCUACCAACAGCGAAAGUGACAGUGGGGCUGAGUUUGAAGCUGAAGAAAAUAUUGUUGAUGACAGAAGUGAUGGGAGGCAAAAGGAUGUUCGUGUCAGCUAUUCCUUGCUUAAUGAAGACUCUGAGUCUAAUCAAGAACCUCUCUCCGCGGAUGCUGGGAACAUGGCUGUGGAUGCAGGCCCAAAGACGACAUAUGAAGUUGCGAUUUUUGCAUCAAACAAAUGGAGAAAAAUGAGUGAGAAGAGUGAAGUGGAAUCCAGUACCAAAAGAGCUCCAACCAAUGUUCAGUCUGCUGCGGAUAAUGAACAUCCAGAGGAAACCGCCGAGGAAAGUGAUAGUGAUGAUGAAGGACAGAUGAUCGAUGGGAACUUGUCAUCAGGCCAUAGAACAGCAUAUGAGCUGCCUUCUCAAGCAGAGCUUAUCCAUGAGGCUUUUGCUGGAGAUGAUGUGGAAGAGGAGUUUGCCAAAUAUAAGGACGAAGCAUUGAGUAAAGAAAAUCCUGAGCCCGAAAAGCCUGUUCUACUUCCUGGGUGGGGCCAAUGGACUAAUGUACAGAAAAGGAAAGGCUUGCCUUCAUGGAUGGAGGAGGAGCAUAAACUAGCUCAGCGAAAGAGAGAUGAGGCUGUUAAGAAAAGGAAGGAUGCACAUCUCAAGCAUGUUAUUAUAUCCGAGAAAUUGGAUAAAAAGGCUGAAAAACUACACACGAAGUCAUUGCCUUUCCCUUUCACAUCCAAGGAAGUGUUCGAACAAAGCAUCCGAAUGCCAAUUGGGCCUGAGUUCAAUCCUGCAACAGCCGUUGGAGCUCUUAACCGACCUGAGGUGUUAAAGAAACCUGGAGUGAUCAUCAAGCCGAUCAACUAUGAGGAUGUUGACCCACAUGAGAAGGUGGUGCAGCAUAAGCAAGGUGGUGAAAAGAAGCAGCAAAAGCGAAAACAACCGCCCAAGUCGUCGAAAACCGAGGGUAAGCGGCACAGACUGAAACCUGUGAUGGUGAAAUCGUGAGAAAUGGAAAAGACAUUAGGCUAUUCUGUUUCAUCCAGUUUUGGUAGAGUUCCUUUGUACGUGCAAUUUUUGCCGGGGCAGAGUCAUAGAUGUCAAGAAGCAAGAAAAGGUGUUAGAAUAACAGUGUACUUAAUUUAUUUGUUGUAGUAUAUUUGUUCUGUUUCAACAAUGUUUUGGGCGAUUAUAUGCUGUUUUCAGCAAAUCAUGUCAGUUUUGUCUUGGGAAUUGGUUACUAAAUACAUUAUGAUCAUGAUGAAUUCAACCUUUCAUCCCUCCACUCUCACCUACUGCCAUGUUUCUCCCCA